CCACUAUUCAGCAAUCAAAUUCAUGAGCAAAACACAAGUACAUGAUAGCGUCAAUCUUUAGGUAGAAAUUAUUUUUUACAUAAACUAGCCUCUGGAUUUCGUCGGGUUAAGUAGUGCUAUAAUCCUUCUAAUGAGUGGUUUCACAAUUUGGACAGACACCAUGAUCGACAGCAUACGAUGUGUACUCGUCUAUGUGCAGCCAAGCUGGGUUAUAGCUGGCGUUUUCAGCACCUUUUCCUUACUAUUAAUUUCACGCUAUGCUUAUAGCAUAUUCUUCCAUCCUCUCGCCAGAUUUCCCGGGCCCAGAUUGGCAGCAAUGUCUGAGUGGUGGUACAUCCGCAACUAUACCGGCGGGCUCUGGCACGAGGCUAUGCAGAAUGUGCACCAAAAAUACGGCCCCGUUGUGCGAAUUGGUCCCAACGAGCUCUCCUUCAGCACACCUAGUUCGUACAAGACGAUAUACAACCACGCCAACAAAGACCGGAAGCCUUUCUUGAAAUCCGAUUUCUAUGACAUAUCACCGGGGAGGGCUGAUAUCAUCACUGUUCGUGACCCAGCCGAUCAUGCACUGCAAAGACGUUGUAUGGCAUAUGCAUUUAGUGUCAAGUCUCUACGCCAGCAGGAAGAAACUGUGCAUUUAUAUCUCGAUGAGUUUAUCAAACAGAUUGGAAGGCUUGGAAGUCUAGAUCAAGGCGUAGAUAUGACAGAAGCCUUUAACUGGCUAACAUUCGAUAUUAUUGGUGAUCUUACGUUUGGCAAAUCUUUUGACGCAGUCAAGGAGGCGAAAACACACUUCUGGAUUUCGCUUAUACUUGGCAGUGUGUAUUUAUCGACGUUGGCUGGCAUACGUAAAAGAAUGCCUCUGUUUGCACUGGUGCUCCCCUUUCUCAUUCCGAGAUCCUUUCCGUCCAACUUGAGGGAACACCAGGCGUUGACUCUGCAGAAAACAAGGACACGCCUGGAUAUGGGGAAGCUGGAGCGUGCGGAUUUCUUCAGCAGCCUUGUGCGUUCAGACUUGAGUAUGGUGAGAGCAAAUCGCAUCGGCGAAGCAUCGGAAGAAGAACAGAGAGAAGAAGAAGAAGAAGGAGGAGGAGCAGGAGGAGGAGAAGGAGGAAGGGUGGAAGGAGACGUGGAUAUCCAGUAUUUGUCUAACCAAUCCCAUGUUCUUAUCGUUGGGGGCUCAGAAACCACCGCUACCCUCCUGGCCGGCGCCACGUACUUUCUCCUACGAAAUCCAGCAACGCUCUCAAGGUUACAAAUGGAACUUAGAGAUACUUUCAAGGACUACGACAAGAUCACAGGGGAUUCCACAGCCAUGCUGCCCUAUCUAAAUGCCGUUAUCGAGGAGUCUCUUCGCCUCUUCCCUCCAUCCAGUCUGGGACUUCCGCGAAUUUGCCCUGGCACAGCAAUUGAUGGCCGCUAUAUUCCAGCAGGUACGAUUGUCUCGACUGAUCCAUUCUCCAUGACUCGAGACCCCACUUAUUGGGAAGAUCCUGACUCCUUCAUGCCUGAGCGUUGGUUACUUGAAGGCGCGAAUAGUGAAGAAACAAUUAAGGUCAACAAGGCGGCAAGUCAGCCUUUCAGUACAGGGCCGAGGUCCUGCUUGGGCAAAAAUCUGGCAUGGCUUGAGGCAAGGCUCACAUUGGCGAAGAUGGGCUGGAAAUAUGACUGGGAUGUUGCAGCAUCGAGUGAGGGGGUGGACCUGUGGAGAGAUGUGCGCAUGUGGACUCUUUGGAAGAUGCCAAAGUGGAGGCUCAAGUUCAAGGAGGCUGAUGUAUGGAUUAGAAGGCAUGAAGAUUGAUGCUACCGCAUAUUCGGGCUUUAGUGAGAAGUAUUAGCAAUAUUAGGGCGAUUAUCAAGAACUAAAUUACGUUUAG